GUGUGUGUGUGUCUGUCUGUGUCUGUGUGUGUAUGUCUGUGUGUAUAUAUAAACACAGAGCCAUACUAGGAUCAUAUGUAGCUGGAAACCGAUAAUAAUGGCUGAGAAGAACGGUAGUGUUACUGUUUUUGCAGGUUUUGUUGACGAAAACCUUGUGGAGGAUGUUGAAAUAAUGAGUGUAGCUGCAAAUGGUCAUCAAAAUGGUAAUGCUGAGAUGGGAUUGGUCUUUGAUAAUAAUGGAAAGGAGGAGGCAGAGGCCAUACCUAGUAGUGUUGCAUUUACUAAGGCAGGAUGGUAUGCUGAUGUUUCCACAGAUGGACCUGGGAAGGCACAUUUAUAUAAGAUGGAGAAAACCUUAUUUCAUGGGAAGUCAGAGUUUCAAGAUCUUUUUGUUUUUCAGUCAUCAGAGCAUGGCAAGGUAGCCAUCUUGGAUGGUUUUCUUCAACUCACAGAGAGGGAUGAAUUUGCUUACCAGGAAAUGCUCUCUCACCUCCCACUUUGCUCUAUCCCAAACCCAAGGAAGGUCUUGCUUGUUGGAGGCGGAGAUGGAGGCAUUUUGAGGGAAAUAUCGCGUCACUCUUCUGUUGAAGAAAUCGAUAUAUGCGAAAUUGACACAAUGGUGAUAGAUGUUUAUAAGCGCUUUUUUCCGGACAUAGCUGUGGGAUAUAAGGAUCCCAGAGUGCAAGUACACAUAGAUGAUGGAGUUGCAUUCAUGAAGUCAGUUCCUCAAGGCACCUAUGAUGCAAUUAUAAUUGAUGCAUUCCAGGGCAUGGGUGCUACAGCAAAAGAACUUUCUGAUAAGGACUUCCUGGAAUCAGUUGCAAGGGCUCUUCGCCCCGGCGGUGUGCUGUCUACCCCGGCGGACAGCUUCUGGAGUGAAGACUUUGUUAACUUUGCCGAUACCGUAGCAAACUGCCGCAAAAUAUUCAAGGGCUCCGUCAACUAUGCCUGGACAACAGUUCCUGCAUAUACAAGUGGGAUCAUUGGGUUCAUGCUUUGCUCGAAGGAAGGACCAACCGUGGACUUUAAACACCCUAUAAAUCCAUUAAAUCAAGAGAACUAUGGCGUGGCAAAGGGACCUCCCAAGUUCUACAACUCAGAGAUCCACACUGCUGCGUUUCGAUUGCCAUCUUUCGCAGAAAAGGCUAUCGGUUUCCAGAUGUGAUGAACAUAUUUAUGAAGUUCUUCGUUGCUAUGUUUUUUGUACAAAUUUUUUUUUUAGUAACUAAAGGGAGGUUGAGACUUUAAAACUAUUAAUAAUUUAGAGAAGGGGAAAGUUUCGAACCCAAAAUGUAUGGGUAGAAAUCCAACACCUUAUCUAUUAAGAUAUUAAACCGUAUGUUAUGUCAAGGGCAUAUAAGUUCGUUGCUAUGUUGUAAACGAACUGUAUUCUAAAUUGGCUCCAAUUGGGACAUGAUCUCAAAAGGACAACGUGAUGAACUGUUGAAAUGGAGUUUCAAUUUCUUUCA